AGGAAGCCACAAAUUCACCACCACUGCACGCACGCACGCACACUACCAACACAAUUCACAAGUCCUCAGAGGACAACAAGAGCGGUAUCAUCCAUCCAUGGCGUCCUCUCGUGUUGUCUACCUCCUGGCCGGUCUACUCCUAGCCGCCCUCGCCGCCACCACAGACGCGGCCACCAUCACCGUCGUCAACCGGUGCUCCUACACGGUGUGGCCGGGCGCGCUCCCGGGUGGCGGUGUGCGUCUCGACCCAGGCCAGUCGUGGGCGCUGAACAUGCCCGCGGGUACCGCGGGCGCCAGGGUGUGGCCGCGCACCGGGUGCACCUUCGACGGCAGCGGCCGCGGCCGGUGCAUCACCGGCGACUGCAACGGUGUGCUGGCAUGCCGGGUGUCCGGCCAGCAGCCGACCACGCUGGCCGAGUACACCCUGGGCCAGGGCGCGAACAAGGACUUCUUCGACCUGUCCGUCAUCGACGGGUUCAACGUGCCGAUGAGCUUCGAGCCCGUGGGAGGGUGCCGUGCUGCGCGGUGCGCCACGGACAUCACCAAGGAUUGCCUCAAGGAGCUGCAGGUGCCGGGAGGGUGCGCGAGCGCGUGCGGCAAGUUCGGCGGCGACACCUACUGCUGCCGUGGCCAGUUUGAGCACAACUGCCCGCCGACCAACUACUCAAUGUUCUUCAAGGGCAAAUGCCCCGACGCCUAUAGCUAUGCGAAGGACGACCAGACCAGCACCUUCACCUGCCCUGCCGGAACCAACUACCAGAUCGUCCUCUGCCCUUAGAUCAAUAUCAGUCAAUUACUUGGGUCAAUAAGGAAUAAGGACUACUCUUAGUCUGCUUAUGAUCGAGGAUCAUUUGUAUGUGCUAUGUCAUAUAUGCAUGCUAGUGCCUGUAUGUGGAUCAAUUAUAAAUAAAUGGUUAAAUAAUAUGAGUA